AAGAGAAUACGGUCAUUCAAACCUGUGCGGUUGCUUGUUAAAGUAUUUCUUUCGGAGGUGGAUUUGGGUCUUAUCUAUUGGGAUUGAGUAAGAAAACAUACGAGCAAGUAGGGGUUAACACUCCGGGAAAUAGUCCUGGGAGUUAUAAGGAACCAGGAAUUGGAUGGAUGACUGCUUUCGUUUUUGUUACAAGUUUUGUUGGGAUUUUAGCUUUGGUUCCUCUUCGAAAGAUAAUGAUAAUAGAUUACAAGUUAACUUAUCCUAGUGGCACUGCGACUGCAGUUCUCAUUAAUGGUUUUCACACACCUCAAGGAGAUAAGAUGGCCAAGGAGCAAGUUCAAGGAUUCGCAAGGUUCUUUUCAUUUAGCUUCUUUUGGGGUUUCUUUCAGUGGUUCUACUCGGGUGGAGACCAAUGUGGAUUCGCUCAGUUUCCUACUUUCGGGUUGAAAGCAUGGAAGCAAACAUUUUUCUUUGAUUUCAGCAUGACUUAUACUGGAGCAGGGAUGAUUUGUUCGCAUCUUGUUAACUUGUCUUUGCUUUGUGGAGCCAUUCUUUCAUGGGGAAUAAUGUGGCCAUUGAUACAUGGCCUAAAAGGAGACUGGUACCCGGCAGCUUUAUCAGAAAGUAGCAUGAAGAGUUUGAAUGGUUACAAGGUUUUUAUCUCAAUUGCGCUCAUUCUAGGAGACGGGCUCUACAAUUUCCUGAAGAUAAUGUAUUGUACCAGUAGAAGUAUUCAUGCUAGAAUUAAAGGCAAGAGUGCAGUUGCAGAUCAGCCAGUUGAACCACUUGAUGAUCUUCAGCGAAAUGAACUUUUCUUGAGGGAGGGUAUUCCAGUAUGGCUUGCAUGCGCUGGAUAUGUUCUCUUCUCCGCUGUUUCCAUCAUCAUGAUCCCACUCGUGUUCCCCCAGCUGAAAUGGUACUACGUGGUCGUAGCAUACCUCCUUGCUCCAUCUCUCGGAUUCUGUAAUGCGUAUGGUGCAGGUCUGACUGACAUGAACAUGGCCUAUAACUAUGGGAAAGUGGCUUUGUUUGUGUUAGCUGCAUUAUCUGGGAAGGAUAAUGGUAUAGUUGCCGGGCUUGUAGGUUGUGGCCUUAUUAAAUCCAUUGUUUCCAUUUCCUCCGAUCUUAUGCACGAUUCCAAAUCUGCUCAUCUCACGCUUACUUCUCCUCGUUCCAUGCUUUUAAGUCAGGCCGUUGGAACUGCAAUGGGCUGCGUGGUAGCUCCUUUAACAUUCUUUCUUUUCUACAAAGCCUUUGAUGUGGGAAAUCCCACUGGAGAAUAUAAAGCUCCAUAUGCUAUAGUUUAUCGAAACAUGGCAAUUCUCGGGGUUGAAGGCUUUUCAUCAUUGCCUCACCAUUGUUUGCAGCUUUGUUACGGGUUCUUUUCAUUUGCCAUUGCAGCUAACUUGUUGAGAGAUGUUUCUCCAUCGAAGGUAGGGAACUGGGUUCCCCUGCCCAUGGCUAUGGCGGUACCAUUUCUUGUUGGUGCAAGUUUUGCAAUAGAUAUGUGUGUUGGGAGCCUGGUUGUGUUUAUAUGGCACAAGUUUGACAACCAAAGAGCGAACUUAUUGAUUCCUGCGGUUGCUUCCGGUUUAAUCUGUGGAGAUGGGUUGUGGAUCCUCCCUUCAUCAAUUCUUGCUCUGGCUAAGAUAAAGCCGCCGAUGUGCAUGCAGUUUGUGUCUGCGUAACAAGAAAGAGGUUUCAAAAGAAUGUGGAAGAAAAAUAAUGAGGAUGAAUUAGAGUCUUAGAAACAAUGAUAAUAAUUUGAGAAGGUUUAGUUCGGAAGGGAAAUCAGCCGAGAUGUCAAGUUGUCAACCAAUGACAUGUAUCACUUAAAAUCAUCGUGGUCCAAACAAUUGUAGUUUUAGAUAGUUACAGACAUGAAAAUCUUAUUCUUUUAAAA